GGCAACCGCGCCACGGGAAUCCCACGUCCCCCGCGCGCACAAUAUUUAUUGUUGUCGCGUUUCCUGACGUUAUUCCCGCGCGCCCCGUCCACCAGCGCGGACUCCUGGGGUGGGAUAUGCGGUUGUCAUGGGAACAGGGGGCGGGGCCCGGCCCUGUCAGUUACUUGGCGCGGCCAUUUGUUGUGGUUUCGCCACCGGCGCGAGCGAGUCUGUGUCUCAGUCCCGGGUCGAUCUACGUUGUGUUCGCGGCCGGUGACGAAAUCGCGGCGCGCCCACUCAUCAAUCAGUCGCCUUGUCUAUUUUGACUGUAGGCGCGGCCGCCUUGUUUUGGUCGCAGCCCGCAACGUCAUCAGUGCACGCCCACGUGUUGUCGCGGCCCCGUGACGCCAUCAGCCCGCGCCGGGUCAGUCUGCGCGGCCCCGCUCCCGGCCCCGCAUCCCGCCGCGAUGCCCCCCGGGAAGCCGCUGCAGCCGCGGCUGCAGAUGAAGGUGGACGAGCUCUUCCGGCGUUGGCUCAGCGAUCCCGACACGCAGCGCGCACUCAGCGACGGCCUGCGGCGCAUCCGCGAUGACGUCACGCCCGACCACGCGACCCCCGCCCGCAGGACCCCCGCGCCGCACCAGGGCGCUAGGCCGUCGCCAGGACCGCGGAGGACGACGGGACACGGCGCGGUCCAGGUCGGCAGGGAGGAGGAGCAGGAGGAGGAGCCGCCGCCGCCGGCCCCGCCUCCCGGCUGCAGCGUCCCCGCCUUCUACUUCCCGCGGGGCCGCCCACAAACGGGCGCCUGGGUCGUGGAUGAUGUCAUUGCGGACGUGGAGCGGGCGUUCGCCGCUUUCCCGCAGGAGAGGGCGGGGCUGGAUGACAUGGGCGUCGUGGCAAAGGCUUGCCGCUGCCCGCUCUACUGGAAGGCCCCGUUGUUCUACGCUGCCGGCGGGGAGCGCACGGGUUCCGUGUCUGUUCACACCUUUGUAGCUGUGUGGCGGAAGGUGCUGCUGACGUGUCACGACGAUGCCUCCAAGUUCUUGCAGCUGCUGGGCAGCCCCGGGAGCCGCGGCCUUGCCCAGGAGGACUUCGUGCCCUUUCUCCAGGAUGUGGUGAACUCUCACCCCGGACUGUCGUUCUUGAGAGAGGCGUCCGAGUUCCACUCGCGCUACAUCACCACGGUCGUCCAGCGCAUCUUCUACACAGUUAACCGGUCGUGGUCAGGCAGGAUCACGUGCGAGGAGCUUCGGCGGAGCAACUUCCUGCAGGCCGUGUCGCGGCUGGAGGCGGAGUCAGACAUCAACCGCGUGACCGACUUCUUCUCAUACGAGCAUUUCUACGUCAUCUACUGCAAGUUCUGGGAGCUGGACGGCGACCACGACCUGAUGAUUGACAGGCGGGACCUGGCACGGCACGCUGAUGGGGCCAUCUCCUCCAGGAUGAUCGACCGCAUCUUCUCAGGCGCCGUGACCCGGGGCCGGAAACCAAAGGGCGGGAAGAUCGGGUACGCGGACUUUGUAUGGUUCCUGCUUUCGGAGGAGGACAAGACCACGCCCACCAGCGCCGAGUACUGGUUCCGCUGCAUGGACCUGGACGGCGACGGCGCGCUCUCCAUGUUCGAGCUCGAGUUCUUCUACGAGGAGCAGGCGCGGCGUCUGCUCGCGCGCGCGGUGGAGCCGCUGCCCUUCCCCGACCUCGCCCGCCAGGUGCUCGACCUCGUCGCCCCUCGGUGCCCGGGCCGCAUCACGCUGCGGGACCUGAAGCGCUGCCAGCUCGCGGGUCAGUUCUUCGACACCUUCUUCAACGUGGACAAAUACCUGGAGCACGAGCAGCGGGAGCAGGCGGCGCCCACGCGGGACGCGGACGCUGACCCCGCCCUCUCUGAUUGGGACAAGUACGCGGCUGAAGAGUACGACUUCCUGGUGGCCGAGGAGGCGGCGGACACGUGGGACGGCGGGUUCGAGCCCUCGCUGUGCUCCGUGGAUCUGUUUGACUUCACGGAUGACGACCUCCAGCUGCUGUGACCCUGCGCUCGCUCGGGGACCUGCUGUGCUCCCGCAGCGGAGUGUGGCCCUACUGUGUGCCGUGGACUCGCGAGUCACACGUGCUGCGGUGUCGGAGGACACCAGGACUGUGGUCGGGUUUUGUGGACCUCACGUGGCUGUGACGCCACGUGACCUGUAGCCCUACUGUGUGCAGAGCAGCACCUGUGGCUGACACUGCAUCAUCUUUGUAUUUUUGAAUAAAGAGUUUGAGAGAUUUUCA